AUGCGAAAGGAGAUGGCCGAUGUCAUCAGGGUCAAGCAAAUUCCGCAGGAGAAACGCAUGGUGAGCCCUUGGCUACUGACCACCAAGUGGCACGAACAUGUUGCUGGUCAUGACGUUGCGACUCUACGAAAGCUUGUGGAAUUUCCGAAGGUAGACGAUCCGAUCAUGCCUAAGAUUGCACACGUGGUCGAGGCGUAUUUUGACGGUGCCCUGAGGCUAUUGGAGGUCACCGAUGAACUGAUUCUGCAACGGUUGAACUCUCCUGAUCCCCUCAAAGAAGGUAUCAGCAACACGCCUCUUCAUCGCCAUCAAGAAACGGCAACGCAGAAGGACUACGUGCGCGUGGCGACAUCUCUACUGGCUAUGCUGAUAAGGACAGGCAAAGAAGCGGAAUACUCUAUUCCAUUGCCGAAGAAUCUCGUGAAUGCGAUCACGGAACUGGAAGACGCGUUGACAGGGACGAUAGGGGUGGAAGAGAAGAUUCAUGCAAUUCUCACCAAGGUUUGGAUGGUCAAGUGGGUCAAGCAAGAAGGCAACCCGAUUCCCUGUCCAACAGAGCGAUUUAUGGCUCUGAGCACAUUGGAGGCUGACGGAGGCCACAAGCAGCCAGUCUAUGUCACCAAUCCUUUAGCGAGGCUUGAGUACUGCAUACGCUUCGUCUGCCUGAAGGAGCUGAAGAUCCUCAGCGCCUCGUUGUAUGGCGGUGAUGAUGAAGCUGCUUGCGACGCCCUUCAAACUUGGUUCACCGAGAAGACCAACUCACCUUUUAGUCGCAUCCGCUCGCUUCAGCACCGAGCUUCUGCGAUCGCUUAUAAGACCAUGAGUCUACCUCGCGUCUGGUGGUUGGACAGAAGGACAUGGCACGAAAUGCUGUACAAGGGCGAUAAGAUACACAUAAACGACUUAAGGCAGAUGUUCGCUUCGACAGAGGAACAGAUGGUGGAACUGUGGGAAAAAAAAAUUCUGCUUGGACUGAACAUACGCGUGACCUACCAGGACAUCGCGGAUGACAAUACCAACCACGAUGUGGGUUAUUCCUUCAUAUCUGAUCGUCGGAACGCGUGGUGUUUCGCCGACAGAGAUCGCUUUCUCAAGGCUCUCACUGGUGAGAAAGAGCUCUUCAGUCGGUUCGCUGUCGUACGCAAUGGCCAACUGAUUUGGAAUAUGGGCACGUUGAUGGGGUGGUUAAGAGACUACGCCGAAUUUCAAAAGCUGGUUCUGAUCAGAUGCGAAAUGCUGAGCGGAGCGCCUGGUCGUGGUACAGAGCUUACAGCGAUGACCUACAGGAACACCAAGGCAUGUACUUGCCGCAACCUGGUCAUGCUAGGCAAGAACUUGACUAUGCUGAGGACCUAUCACAAGUCUGGCGCGCUGUCCGGAAUGGACAAGCUCAUCCCGCACUCAAUUGAUGGCGUCACGGGGGACCUCAUAAUCCAAGACCUUGCCUUAACAAGGCCCUUCGCAGAGAUUGCUGCUUACAACUGCUACCACGAUAGGCCAGCAAUCAAAGAGAUGUACCAAACGCACCUCUUUGUCAACAACCAGAAACUGUUCAACACAGAUCAGCUUACUGCGACCAUGGCCAGGAUCAGCAUACCGUUCCUCGGUUUCGGUCUAGGCGUCAACUCAUGGCGCCACAUCAGUACCGCAUUCAAGCGCAAGCUCGGUCGCUUUGCAGAGGACUUGCUGGAAGACGACGAGCAAGAUACGGUCGAAGCCCUCCAAGCCGGCCAUAAUAGAUCUACAGAAAACCGGAUAUACGGUCUAAGUCCAGAUGCGCUUGCAGGGGCGCCAGAGGACCUGCUGCCUCUAUUCCUUCAAGCCAGUACCAAUUGGCAGUUGGUAAUGCACACCGUUCCAGGAGGCCUGCAAUUAGCGUACACGCUUGCUAGGUCCCACGAAUUCAAGCAGCUGGCAGAGUCAGGCAAGUUUGGUUCGGACUUUCAAGGGACCAAUUCUCCAGCUGCUGCCGCCGUCGCCGCACCUCCACAACGUGCAGAGGUGAUAUCAUCCAUGCAAAACCACGUGAUGGCCAAAAUAAAAGACGAGCUUGUUGCAGGCAUAGAAUGCCAGGUAGUCGCUCGCAUUGUGAACGCUCUGGUGCCUGCAGUGGAGACCAUGAUACGUGACGCGCUCGCGACGGCCAUGCCUCAGCAAUAUGCGUCACAAUCCGAAGAUCGUUGGCCAAAAGAUCAAAGACCAGAGUACGUGAGUCCAGAAGAAACACACGUCGUGGGUGGAAAUGAUGAACAAUAUCCUCCGCCGCCACAAAAUCAGUUGGUGAAAAACAAAGAUUCGAUACUGGCCAGAAAAAGUUUGUGGACCUUGCGCAUCCUCCUCCGUGACCAGCAGGCCAAUUGGUGGUCUUCCCAGCAACAAGACGCUGUUCUCUCUGUGCUCAAGCGAGAGACAGACGUUAUCGCGAUGCUGAGGACUGGGGGAGGAAAAUCUAUGCUGGCGAUAAUUCCUGCCAUCAUGGAUGCAAACAAGGCAGUGGUGGUCGUUCUUCCACUAAAAUCGUUGAUGACUGACUGGGAGAGAAAGCUGAAAGCCAUGCGCGUUCCUUUCCAAGUCUACAAUCCGAACGUCCCGUUGCUCAAAAAUGUAAACCUCAUUCUAGUAUCCGCAGAUAAGGCAAAAUUCAAGACGUGGAGACAACAUCUAGCAGAACUGAACCAAGUCCUGUCGGUCAGCAGAACCAUCUUUGACGAAGCUCACCUUCCACUGCUAUGCAAAAACUUUAGAGAGGCGAUGCAGUACAUGCAGGAAAUUAGACAGUUCUCCAUGCAAUUGGUGUUGCUGACCGGCACGCUCCCGCAAUCUAGCGUUGCCGCCCUCAAGGCAGCCUUUGGUUUAGCAGACAAUGCCAUCGAGAUCAGGGAGUCAAGUAAUCGGCCGGAGUUAGAGUACAUCAUG